AUGAAUGGAGUCAACCACUCUGUGGUGUCUGAGUUUGUUUUGCUGGGACUUUCUGAUUCCUGGGAGAUCCAGCUUCUACUUUUUUGCUUUUCAUGUAUUUUCUAUGUGUCUAGUAUGAUAGGAAACCUCCUCAUAGUGCUCACUGUGACCUCUGACCCUUACUUACACUCGCCCAUGUAUUUUCUGUUAGCUAAUCUCUCUGUCAUUGACCUGAUAUUUUGCUCUAUUGCAGCACCCAAGAUGAUAUAUGAUCUUUUCAGAAAGAAAAAAGUCAUCUCCUUUGGGGGCUGUAUAGCUCAGAUAUUCUUUAGCCACGCUGUUGGGGGCACUGAGAUGGCGCUGCUCAUCGCCAUGGCCUUUGACAGAUACGUCGCCAUAUGCAAGCCUCUCCAUUACCUGACCCUCAUGAGCCCACGAAUGUGCAUUCUGAUUUUAGUGGUUGCCUGGACCAUUGGUCUCAUUCACUCAUUGGCCCAACUGGCUUUUGUGGUAAACUUAUCCUUCUGUGGCCCUAAUGUCUUAGACAGCUUUUACUGUGACCUCCCUCGGCUCAUCAAACUUGCUUGCACAGACACCGAUGAACUGGAGUUCAUGGUCACUGCUAAUAGUGGGCUCAUUUCUUUGGGUGCUGUCUUCUUGCUCAUCCUCUCUUACAUCUUCAUCCUGGCCACUCCUCAGAAACACUCCUCAGGUGCUUCAUCCAAGGCUCUUUCCACUCUGUCAGCUCAUAUUAUUGUGGUGGUUUUAUUCUUUGGUGCACUGAUUUUUUUCUAUUUGUGGCCCUCUCCUUCAAUACAUCUGGAUAAAUUUCUAGCCAUAUUUCAUGCAGUUUUAACUCCUUUUCUCAAUCCAGUCAUCUACACACUCAGGAACAGAGAGGUGAAGAUGGCAAUGAGGAGAGUGUUCUGUCAGCUUAUGAAUUUUAGAAAAAAUUACUAA